UGGCGGCAGCGCCGGAAGGGGCGGGCGAGGCCUGCGGGCCCUCCCCGGCACUAGGGCAGCCAGCCCCGCCAUGGUCAACCUGGGGCUGCGGCGGGUGGAGGACAGCGUAGCCGCCAAGCACCCGGCGCUGCAGCAGUACGCGGCCUGCCAGUCCCACGCCUUCAUGAAGGGCAUCGGUACCUUCCUGGCAGGCAGCGGAGCCGCCUUCGCCGUGCAGAAGCUGGUGAACAAGAAGCUGCCGUACAGCCUGCAGUGGAGCCUGCUGCUGGCCGGGGCCGCAGGGUCCCUCGCCAGCUACGUGGUAACCCGGGCCGAGACGCGGAAAUGCGCCGACUUCUGGAUUUACCUGGAGACAGGCAAGUCCCCACAGGAGCUUGCCGUGGCUGGUAGGGUGUCUCAGCCUGCAGAAAAUCUGCCCAGCCCAGAGGACAGAGAGAGUGUGGCACCACUGGUGAGAAGGAACAAGUACGGGGACGUUGUGGAGUAGCUAGGAGAGCACAGCACACCAUGCCCAUGUCCUGCUUCACCCCUUCCUGUCUGCCAAGCCUGCCUGCACCUGUGCUGCCUGUGAGACUGGUGGGCUCUGUGGCACUGCCCAGGAACUCAGAUGAGUCGAUCCAGUGAGAGCGUGGUGGAGGCACCAUAGGGAUUGCUGCCUCCCAGGUGACCUCUGAGCAUCGCACAUGGGGGUACAAUAAAAGUCAAGAGCUUAAA